UUCAACAUUCACCUUGGAGUCACUCCGGAACGAGCCAACGCAUUCGCCUUGUGCUGUACACUGGGAGAUCAGCAAUAGAGAUGACUGGAGCCGCCGUGUCCGUGUGUCUACUUUACGUCCUGUCUGUCUGUUCAGCCUGCUACAUCUCCAACUGUCCCAUUGGGGGCAAGAGGUCCAUAAUGGACACUCCACAGCGCAAGUGCAUGUCUUGUGGGCCAGGGGAGCAGGGCCGCUGCUUUGGCCCCAGUAUCUGCUGUGGGGAGGAUGUGGGCUGCUGGAUGGGCUCCCCGGAGACAGCACACUGCAUGGAGGAGAACUACCUGCCCACCCCCUGCCAGGUGGGAGGGAGACCCUGUGGAUCUGAUACAGCACGCUGCGCCUCACCGGGAGUCUGCUGUGACUCAGAGGGCUGCAGUGCGGAUCAAUCUUGUUUUGCUGAGGAGGAAGGUGACAAUCAAAUCGGCCAAUCAGAGGGCAGCAACUCUGCAGACGUCAUCCUCAGGCUCCUGCACUUGGCUGACCACACGCCUCCUCAUAGAGUCCACCAAUGAGCUGCAAGUGACGCCAGGGUUCCAUGGGGGUCACUUGAGAGAUUGGUUGAUAGGAUUUGUAGUUCCAAGUUAGGAUUUGUAGU